AUGAGUGCUUCUCCGGCCGUCGCAUCAAAAAUAGCUAGUCCUUGGAAGCCUUUACCAUUAGUAGUAGCUGUGGGAGUUAGCAGUAGUCUAAUAAUAAUUGGAAUGUCAUUGGGUUUAGGCUUGGGUAUCGGAUUACAUAAUAGCAACGAAAAUUUAAUAGACGCUAUAACGACAAGCACAACUACAGUGACUACUGCAACCAUCACUAUUAGUACUUCGACAACAUCCAGCACAUCUACAACAUCCACAACAUCGACAACAUCUACCACAACAACAGUAGCUACUCGCUGUUUACUUCAAUGGAAUACAACAGGCGCGACUGUAGCAGGUGAUGCUAGUGGUGCUGCUGGUACUACACUCAACCGGCUCAACAAUCCUAAUGAUAUUAGUUUGGAUUCAAACAAUACAAUUUAUAUCGCUGAUACUGGAAAUAACCGAGUCUUGCAAUGGGUGAUAGGGGCUACCAGUGGUACAGUAGUAGCUGGCCAGGCAAAUGGAGUAUCAGGAACAGGUGCUAAUCAGCUCAAUGGCCCUCAGGGUGUUGUUGUCGACACAAGUAGUAACAUCUAUGUGGCAGAUACCAAUAAUAAUCGAGUUCAAUCCUGGCCAACUCUAGCAGUUCAGGGCACUACCAUUUCCGUCACAGGAUUAAGCGGUCCGACUGGUAUCACACGUGAUAAUAACACGGGCACACUUUACAUCAGUGAUACUGGAAAUCACCGUGUAAUGCAAUACGUAUUAGGUGCAGCGGCUGGUGUUUCGGUUGCUGGCGGUAAUUUAGCUGGAAAUGCCAACAAUCAGUUGAACAGUCCGGCCGGUCUCUAUUUCGAUUCAACAACAAAUAGUCUAGUGAUCGCUAAUAGUGGGUCUCACAAUAUUGUUCGUUGGGUUUUAGGAGCCACUGUACGAACAGUUCUUGCUGGUAGUAGUGCUGGAACAGCUGGUAGUACACCAGCACUUCUAAACACACCCUACGAUAACGGUUUUGAUUUGUUUGGUUAUUUUUCGAUGCCAGUCGUUUUAGAACGACAUCUAAUUUUAACUGGUAUAAAAAUAACAGAUUUAGGUUGGAUUAUAUUGAUAAAAAAAAAUACAAAAUUUGAAUUGGAUCUUAUUUUAAUCAGUUAUUUUUGUUGA